AUGCUAGACCAAUUGACAACCAACGCCAUCGGGGAUUCUCCCCCUGGUAAAGAAGGUAAAUGCCCACCAUGCUUCAAUUGUAAUCUACCGAAUUUUGAGUGCAAACAGUUCUCCAAAUGCAAUCCGUUUUCGGGCAGGUGCGAAUGUCUGGAUGGAUUUGGUGGUGACGACUGUUCUGUUCCUCUUUGCGGAGCUCUGCCUGAUGGAUCGAACCGACCUAAAAGAGAGGUCAAUGAAACAUGUCAUUGUGAAGAAGGAUGGGGAGGUAUAAAUUGUAAUAUGUGCCAGAUAGAUUCGGUUUGUGACACAUUCGUUCCAGGAGGACUUAAAGGCACGUGCUAUCAUUCGGGUAUCCUUGUUAAUCGGAAUUUUCAGAUGUGUGAUGUUACCAACUCUAAGAUUUUAGAGGUUCUCAACGGUAAGAAGCCUCAAGUGACGUUUAGUUGCAAUAAGACAUCGGAAAAAUGCAAUUUUCAGUUCUGGAUUGCUGAAGAAGAGAGUUUCUAUUGUGAUUUGUCUAAAUGCAAAUUCAAUUACGAUCUCGGCGCAAAUGCAACACAUUACAACUGUGAAGACGUUGCGUGCAAAUGUCUUCCAGGGAAAAUGCUAUGUGGCCAGGCAGGCUCGAUCGACAUUUCGGACUUUCUCACAGAAACCAUUGCAGGCCCUGCGGACUUCUCGUGUGACGUCGCGAACAAGGAUUGCAAGUUCUCAGAACCAAGCAUGAACGAUCUAAUUACCAAUGUUUUCGGAGAUCCGUAUAUCACGCUUCAUUGCGAGUCCGGUGAGUGUCUGCACGAAAGCGAGAUCCCAGGCUUUGACCAGCCUGGAAAGCCUAAAUUUGGCGCAAUUGAUGUGUUGAGAAUUAUCGGAACUAUCGUGGGCUGUGCAGCUAUUAUUGGACUUGGAUUCUAUGCGAUCAAACGGUCGCCGCUGUUUAUGGACGAAGGCACGAUCCAGUUGCCUCCGGAUGACGACCCAGACCUACAAGACUCUCUGCUCGAUGACUACAAGCCUGCCAUAUUUUCUUUCGAGAAUGUCAGCUACACAGUGGCGGGCAAAAAGGUCCUCAACAAUGCUUUUGGACUCGUUGAGCCCGGUGAAUGUAUGGCCAUCAUGGGAGGUUCAGGCGCUGGAAAGACUACGUUAUUAGACAUCAUUGCCGGCAAGAACAAGGGAGGAGAAGUUUCGGGUGCUUUUUACGUCAACGGGGAGCGCAUUAUUACCAAACAAGACCUAGCGCAUUUCCAAAAAUCGGUUGGGUUUGUCAACCAGGAAGACUUUUUAAUCCCAACUUUGUCUGUUUAUGAGACUGUUUUGAACAGUGCUCUUCUGCGUUUGCCGAAAAACAUGUCAAUGGCUACCAAAAAAGCGAAAGUCAACCAAAUCCUGGCUGAACUGCGCAUUCUUCACAUCAAAGAUAAGCUUAUCGGAUCAAAUUUUGAACGAGGAAUUUCCGGCGGCGAAAAGAGAAGAGUGGCCAUUGCUUGUGAAUUAGUGACCUCUCCGUCAAUUUUGUUUUUAGACGAGCCCACGUCAGGGCUUGAUGGAUAUAAUGCGUUCAAUGUCGUUGAGUGCUUAGUCAGAUUGGCCCAAGAUUACAAAAGAACAGUGAUCUUCACAAUCCACCAACCUAGAAGCAACAUAGUGGCUCUUUUCGAUAAGCUCAUACUUUUAUCAGAGGGACAGCUGGUGUAUUCUGGCCUUAUGAGUGACUGCAGCAACUUUUUCGCAGGUAACGGGUACGUCUGUCCUGCUGGCUACAACAUUGCAGAUUAUCUUAUUGAUAUCACCUCUGGUGGUGGUCUUAUCGCUACGCUGCCACCCCUUGAGGGCGAAAAUCAUGAGCAUGAUACACAUACCUUGCUUCCUGCGAAUGACGUGGAUGACCCAACUGGUGAAUGGCAGCAUUACGCUUCGCAUCGCGACGAGUUUGGCAAUAAAGUUAAAAGUGCAGGUACAACUUCCAAAUCGUCAAGUGUGGUCGUCGCUUCUAUUUUCGAGCAGUCGUUGAACGCUGAAAGAUUGCGCUUGGAUAUCAAAGAGCUUGCGGAAAAAUUCAACAAUUCGCAGCAAGAUGAUAAUUCGGCAGGCUCGUUUUUCAGGUCCCAGGUGGGCAACACUAGAGCCGGCUUCUGGACACAGCUUUCUAUUCUGUGUUCCAGAACGUUCAAGAAUUCCUACAGAAACCCAAAGCUCUUGAUGUCGCACUAUGCUCUGGCCCUCAUCAUGGGACUCUUUUGCUCUUAUCUCUACUACGAUGUUGAAAACAAUAUCAGCGGAUUCCAGAAUAGGCUUGGUCUAUUUUUCUUCCUGCUGACUCUGUUUGGCUUCUCGACACUUACAGGGCUGCAUUCGUUCUCUGUGGAACGACUGGUGUUUGUGAGAGAGCGCUCGAACAAUUAUUAUCAUCCGCUGAGCUACUAUGUGAGCAAGUUAUUAUGUGACGUGAUUCCGCUCAGACUAUUUCCUCCUGUCAUCCUGAUGGCAAUCAUAUAUCCGCUGGUGGGUCUAAACAUGGAAGGAAACAAGUUUUGGCUUUCAAUGCUGAUUCUUGUCCUGUUCAACUUGGCCGCAUCGCUCGAAAUCCUAAUUAUUGGAGUUCUCGUCAAAGAACCAGGUUCUGCCACCAUGGUGGCCGUUCUUGUUCUGCUCUUCUCGUUACUUUUUGCUGGACUAUUUAUCAACAAGGACACGAUUCCAGUACAGCUAUCGUGGUUUGAGAAUAUUUCAGUGUUCCACUAUGGCUACGAGGCCUUGGCGGUCAACGAGGUGAAUGGGUUGGUGCUGAAAGAGAAGAAAUACGGACUUGAUAUCAAUGUUCCCGGUGCUGUGAUUUUGAGCACAUUUGGAUUUGAUGUUGGGGCUGUCGGAUUUGAUAUCUGCUGGCUGGCCGUAAUGUUUGGUGCAUUUGUUGUUCUAGGGUAUCUUGGAUUGCAUUAUUUUGUCUACGAGACGAGAUGA